AUGAGUGGCACAUCCAGGGGAACGUCGACCACCUCUGGGUAUACACUGGCCAGAGUUUUGGGCAUCAAAUUUCAGGAGCAUGACGAAGAUGCUCACCAGCACGAAGACCCAUUUGCUGGAGGCGAAUCCAUGUUCUCCAACCUCACUAGCCGCAAUUCUCUCGAUAGGCCCCCUACUGCUUCGGAAUGGCUCCAUGAUCAGCUGCCUUCGCAGGCCGAUGCCGUCGGCUAUCUCAAGUCUCUAUUCCCCUGCAUAUCGUGGCUCCCUCAUUACAACCUCCAGUGGCUAGCCGGCGAUGUUGUGGCUGGUAUCACCGCCGGAGCCGUCCUAGUACCCCAAGGGAUGGCUUAUGCCUCGCUAGCAAACCUUCCGCCUCAAUACGGCUUGUACUCAUCCUUUGUAGGACCCCUCACAUACUGGAUAUUUGGCACUUCCAAAGACAUAUCUCUCGGCCCCGUAGCCGUCUUGUCUACUGUCGUGGGAACUGUAGUGGCUGAUUUGGGCGUGACCAAUGGCGACAUUCCGCCCAACGUGGUUGCUACCGGGUUUUCAAUCAUGGCUGGUAGCCUCGUUCUCGUUUUUGGAACCUUUCGGCUGGGCUGGUUAGUCGAUCUGAUAUCCAUCACCUCGUUGUCUGCUUUCAUGACAGGAUCCGCCAUCACUAUUGGCGCCAGCCAGCUACCGUCCCUGUUCGGCAUCACGAGCUUUUCCAACAGGGACGCAGCAUACAGAGUCAUUGUCAACACGUUAAAGCAUUUGAACGAAGCCAAACUUGAUGCCACCCUUGGUCUCACAGCUCUCUUAUUUCUCUAUCUCAUACGAUACACUCUAACCAAAGCCGCUGAGAGGUGGCCAAACAAUAAGCGCGUCAUCUUCUUCCUCAACACUAUGCGGACAGUAUUCGUUAUUCUGUUAUAUACCAUGGUUAGCUGGGUAAUCAACAAAGGUCGAGAGGAGCCGGUAAUCCGUGUUCUAGGCGUUGUUCCAAAAGGCUUUGAGAGCAUCGGCGUUCCCCCACUGCCCUCGACGAUUGUUUCGAGGCUCUGUUCUCACCUCCCGGCAGCUGUCAUUGUCAUGAUUGUUGAGCAUAUCGCCAUCUCCAAGUCUUUUGGCCGGGUGAACAACUACACCGUUGACCCCUCCCAGGAAAUGGUUGCUAUAGGCAUGGCCAACCUGCUGGGCACAUUGUUCGGCGCCUACUCCUCCACCGGAUCUUUCAGCCGGACAGCCAUCCAAUCCAAAGCCGGCGUCAGGACUCCUGCCUCGGGGCUCGUCAGCGCAUCAGUUGUGCUUCUGGCUACCUACCUCCUAACGGACGCCUUCUAUUACAUCCCCAACGCAGUUCUCGCAGCAGUCAUUAUUCAUGCCGUUGGUGACUUGAUCACACCGCCAAGCACUCUGUACCAGUUUUGGAGAGUCUCCCCCCUCGAAGUCUUCAUCUUCUUCAUAGGCGUAUUCCUCAGCAUCUUUUCGCAGAUUGAAGACGGUCUGUACGCUACUGUGUGUAUAUCGGCCGUCGUCCUAUUAUAUCGCAUCUUGAAGGCGCGUGGACGAUUCCUGGGCCAGGUCAAGGUCCACUCUGUCCUUGGGGAUCAUGUCAUCGGUGACAAUCACAGGCAACUAGUGGGACAUUAUGGCACGUUUGAAGAAAGGUCCGAAAUCGCUGCCAGGAAUAUAUACCUACCACUCGAUCAUGACGAUGGCUCGAACUCGGAGGUAGAGUUGGGUCAUCCGUACCCUGGCAUCUUCAUCUACCGUUUCUCAGAGGGCUUGAACUAUCCAAGUGCCAAUUUUGCCCUGGAGUACUUGACGAACUACGUGUACUCGAACACACGUCGAACAAGCCCAGAGACUUUUGAACGCAGGGGCGACAGGCCUUGGAGCAGUCCAGGUCAACAAAGACCCGGCAAGUUAAGGGAGGAGCCGAGUCACGAACAAAAGCCGACUUUAAAAGCCAUCAUUUUGGAUUUCAGCUCAGUCAACAACGCGGACAUCACUUCUGUUCAGCGCCUUAUCGAUGUGCGGAAUGUGCUGGAUGUCUAUGCAGCCCCUGGCGUUGUGGACUGGCAUUUCGCAUGCAUCAACAACCGAUGGACCAGGAGAGCACUCGCCGCUGGCGGAUUUGGCACCCCUACGAUGCCCCGAGACGGCGUUCCGCACAGGUGGAAGUCCAUCUUUAGCGUUGCAGAAAUUGGCGGGAAAGACUCUGCUGCGGCGGUGGCCGAAGCGAACACUCUCAAGCAAGACCCUUCGGCUAUGGCUCAAAGACCACUAGACGAAGAAACGGUAGAGGCCGUUGCCGUCGUCGAGAGCUGGGAGGAUGAUGAUGAAGGACCGACGCCUGGCAGUCAGGCAAAAGGGCUGGGAAAGUCUCCUCAGCAUGCACAUGGGCGGAAGGGGGCUAUUAUCAGCGGUUUAGCCCAUCCCCUAUUCCAUGUAGACUUGACAAGUGCCGUACAAAGCGCCAUAGCUAACGUAGAAGCCAGGCUGGAGGCGAAGAGCAGCUUGUGA